UCCGCAACUGCAGGAAGUGACGACACAGGUAGCAAGUCGUCUGUUUCUUCGUGUGGUUACAGCUUUAGCCAUCCAAGAUGACAACAGCUGCAAGACCAACAUUCGAGCCAGCGAGAGGAGGUCGGGGUAAAGGAGAAGGGGAUCUGAGUGCCCUGUCCAAGCAGUAUUCAAGUCGAGAUCUACCAGGUCACACCAAGAUCAAGUACAGGCAACCAACCCAGGAUGCCCCUGAGGAGGUGCGUGCCCGUGACUUCCGCAGGGAGCUGGAGGAGAGGGAGCGUGUAGCUGCACGUGAAAAGACCAGGGAAAGGGGGCCAAGAGAGCACACCACAUCAUCUUCAUCAUCAUCAUCAUCUUCUAAGAGGCCCAGACUGGAUCAGAUCCCAGCAGCCAACCUUGAUGCAGAUGACCCACUAACUGAUGAUGAUGAGGACGAGGACUCUGAGGAGGACAGUGACGACGAUGACACUGCAGCUCUUCUGGCAGAGCUAGAGAAGAUCAAGAAGGAGCGUGCUGAAGAGCAAGAGCGCAAAGAGCGAGAGCAGAAGGCUGAAGAGGAGAGAAUCCGCAUGGAGAAUAUCUUGAGUGGAAAUCCACUGAUUAAUUUGGCAGGGCAGCAGCAACAGGCAAACCAGAAUCAGAAUACUUUCAGGGUCAAGAGAAGAUGGGACGAUGAUGUUGUAUUCAAGAAUUGUGCCAAAGGAGUGGAUGAAGCACGGAAAGAGAAACGCUUUGUCAAUGACACGCUGCGCUCGGAGUUCCACAAGAAAUUUAUGGAGAAAUAUGUAAAAUAAAGGACUUUAUCAUCAUUAUUUUAAUCAUUUUUAUUUCACUUCUUUGUUACCUUUGCCAGUAAUAGUUGAUGUUAUUCACGUGCAUUGUGAAUGAAAAUGCAUUGUUUGUACAAAUAAAACCCAGAAAUAAUG